AUGGCAGGUGCCGACGGUGAGGAUUUGGGUCGGGACCUGCUGAGUGACCUCAGGAAUGAGAAGCUGACCGAGCAAACGAAGGUUUCUUUGCUGUCCCUGAGCUUGGAAUACCCAUCCGAGCUGUGGCCUGAUGCUUCUGCAGCCGAAGCAGCCGCCACUUCCUUGUUGGAUGUCCUGGUCCUCCUACCCCCACGGCCCUCAGCUCUAAGGAAGCCCCUGCUGCUGGCGGCUACCUCCGUCCUGGUGACAGGAGGUGUGCUGGGCUCCACCUCAGGAGCCUCCUGCCGGCUGCUUCCUCUGCUGCUAGGCCUCGCUUCGGGUCGAGAUGUGGGUCGAGGCUUUGGCCCCAUUUCAGAACAGCGUCCCCUGCAGGCCACAGCGUGUGAGUGCCUGCGAGAGCUGGAGAGCUGCAAGCCCGGGCUGCUGGGGGGCUCGCUGGGGCUGCUCCGGAGUCUGCUGGGGCAGGAAGGCCCCAUCCAGCCACUCAGCCUAUUGUUGGCACUUUCCCUGAGGGACAGUUUGGUGAUACAGUCCAGAUCUGGGGCUAGCCUACAGGGCCUGCUUGUGUCUGGGUUUUCCACUGGGAGUGGUCCCUGGGACUGGACCCUAGCUGAAGAGGGUGCUGCCCACCUUAUACCCCAGGCACCCAGCUGGCCCACCCCUUAUGAGGGGGGAUGUGGCCUUGCAGCGCUAGAACCCAGUCCUGAGGAGGCCCGGGAGCUGAGGGCUGCGGUGGCCCAACUCCUGGACGCCUCCUAUCUGCUCACUCCUGUGGCCCAAGCCCAGCUACUGUGGCUGCUGGGCUGGACCCUACGAGGUCUUCGGGGACAGCCACCGGCGCUUUUCAAGCCCCAGCUGGCACGGCUGCUGGGCACAGCACAGCUGACCCUGCUGCAUGCUGUUCUUGCUCUCAAAGCGGCCUUUGGGGAGGCACUGUUCACUGCUCAGGAUGAGGCCCUGCUGCUCCGACGGCUCACCUUGGCCGCUCAGCAUCCAUCCCUGCCCCUGCCUACCCACCUCUUUUACCUGCACUGCCUCCUGAGCUUCCCUGAGAACUGGCCACUGGGCCCUGAAGGGGAGGAGGCUGCCCCAUUACUGCUGGGGCCCCAGCUGUGCCGCAGCCUCAUGCCCAGUCUUCUGCAUGACCCCAUGGCCCUGCUGGCCCGCCUGCAUUUGCUGUGCCUGCUGUGUGCUGAAGAGGAGGAAGAGGAUAAAGGCCAACUUCAGAGCCCAUGGCAGUACCUGGAAGAGUUGCUGGCUGGCUUGCGACAGAGGGCAGCUGUGGGUGGCAGUCCCCGGGCCUUGGCCACUCUCUGCUUCCAGGCUUCAUAUCUGGUUGCCAGCUGCUUGGCUGGGAAAACAAAAGUGCUGACACCAUUGAUUCAUGGGUUGGCCCAGCUGUAUCGAGCUCGGCCUAUGCUGGCCCCCCACCUUGUGGACUUCUUGGAUAAGGUGGGCCCUGAGCUGGGGGAGCCCCUCAAGAGGGUGCUGCAACAGGAGGUGGUGUCCAGGCCUGUCAGGAAUGAAGCUCUUCGCUGGCAUCUGCAAAUGCUGGCAAAAGUGGCAGAGGGGGAUGCUCAGACUGCCACCCUCAGCUUUCUGCAGGCUGCUGCUACCCACUGCAUAGACUGGAGCCUGCAGCAGGCCCUGCUGCGCGUCUGCCUUGCUCUAUUGCAGGCAGGUGGAGGAAAUGGCCUGACUGACCUACUGCAGGUGCUGGCCAGGCAACUGGAGGACCCUGAUGGCCGGGACCAUGCCCGCCUCUACUACAUCCUCCUGGCUCACCUGGCAGGGCCCAAGUUAGGGAUAGCCCUGGACCCCUCACUUGCAGCACCUGCGCUGGCCUCUUCCCUGGUGGCUGAGAACCAGGGUUUUGCUGUGACACUGAUGGUGCAGGAGACCCCAGCUCCCAUUCAGCUGAGUGUGGGCCCCCGGAUGCUAAAAGGCUCAUUACCAGUCCUGCAGCUUCAAAUAGAGGCCCUGGAGCCCAUAUACUCUCUGGAACUGCGCUUCCGUGUGGAAGGACAACUCUAUGCACCCUUGGGGGCCAUCCGUGUGCCUUACCUGUGUCCUGGCCGCCCUGCCCACCCUCUGUUCCUUCCCCUGAAGCCCCGACGUUCAGCCCCCGCACACCUGGAGGUCCAGGCCCUUUACAGCACACCUGCUGGCCUCACAUGCCAUGCCCCGCUGCCGCCCCUGUCUGUGAACUUCGAAGACCUCUUUUUGCCUUUCCCCCAGCCUCCUGAUGGGGUGGAACAGGGCUUCUUUGAGAAGCUGUGGGACUCCUGCCUGCCAAAGGGUGCUGAGAGUCGUGUGUGGUGUCCACUCGGGCCACAAGGGCUGGAGACCUUGGUGUCCCACCACCUGGAGCCCUUUGUGAUAAUGGCUCAGCCCCCCACCAACUACCACAUAGCCAUUCGCCUGCCACCGUCCUCCAUGCUCCUGCUGCGGCUAGAAGCAGCCCAGGUAGACGGGGUGCCUGUGGCCCUGCGGACCGAUGACUGGGCUGUACUGCCUCUGGCAGGAGACUAUCUCCGUGGGCUGGUGGGCACUAAGUGAGCCCUGGGAAGCCAGGUGGGAACAGGACUAUGGCCUUUGUGGGAUUGGCCUAAGAGGAGCUACUAAAUGCAGGGGACAUACUCCUGUACAGUAGCUCCUUUCUCAUAAAAACCCAUAUCCACUGAUCA